GGAGCCGCUGGCGGCCGGAUCUGCGGCGGGGUGGGCGAGCCCUGCUCCUCAAAAUGCGCCGCCGGCACGGGCCGGCGGCCCCGCCGCUGACGCGCUUUACAGUCUAGGGGCUGCCGCGUCGCCCCAUUCGGGUCCUCCCCGACCACUGUCUCGGGGAACCUGGGAAAGUGCCGGGAGGGAAAGUGCUCUGCCCUAGAGACGCGGCGGGGAAGGACGACUCCCCAUCGCCCGCCAAAAGAGACCCUUGGGGCCGCGCUCCGGCGGGGACGCUCGCCGACCUGUCGGUGCCGAUGCCGUGCACAGCAAGCCGCACGGAGGCACCAUCACGGUUCGAAGCGACGAGCAGCCGCCCCAAGCGCCAACGGCCCCAGCCGGACCACGCCGGACGGGGGCUGUACCUGAGAUGUGGCAGCAUAAAGUACAAGGACAAAGACAUUGGCAUUCACAUUUAGAUACGUACAAAAUGUUGUGUGCUGGGAAAAAAUCUUACUUUGCUGCUGCUGUGUGCAUUAUUACUGUAACUUCAAUGCUCGCAGUUCCUUAUCUGCGGUUACAGAGACUUUCUCAUCAGCCAAAAGUAAUUCAAGAAGGUAGAAGAUGUGGAGGGAAAAUUGCCAAUAGCACAAUAACAGCAUUAAAAGGUAACAAAACUUUUAUUAUAUCCCCAUACUUUGAUGACAGAGAAAGCAAAGUCACUCGUCUGAUUGGAAUUGUUCACCAUGAAGAUGUAAAACAACUGUACUGCUGGUUCUGCUGUCAGCCCAGUGGAAAGAUAUAUGUAUCAAAAGCAAAAAUUGAUGUUCACUCAGAUAGAUUUGGAUUCCCUUAUGGUGCAGCAGAUAUUGUUUGUAUGGAACCUGAAAAUUGUGAUCCAACACAUGUAUCAAUUCAUCAGUUUCCAUAUGGAAAUACUGACCAGCUGCCAAGGUUUGAAAUUAAAAACCGCAAGGCUGAGACCUUUUCUGUUGACUUCACUGUGUGCAUUUCUACCAUGUUUGGAAACUACAACAAUGUCUUGCAGUUCAUACAGAGUAUGGAAAUGUACAAGAUUCUUGGAGUACAGAAAGUGGUGAUCUAUAAGAACAACUGCAGCCAUCUGAUGGAGAAAGUCUUGAAAUUUUAUAUAGAAGAAGGAACUGUUGAGAUAAUUCCCUGGCCAAUAAACUCACACCUCAGGGUUUCUUCUAAAUGGCAGUUCAUGCAAGAUGGAACACACAUAGGAUACUAUGGACAAAUCACGGCUCUAAAUGACUGUAUAUACCGUAACAUGGAAAGGAGCAAGUUUGUGGUCCUUAAUGAUGCUGAUGAAAUAAUUCUUCCUCUUAAACACCCAAACUGGAAAGCAAUGAUGAGCAGUCUUCAGGAACAAAACCCAGGGACUAGUGUUUUCCUCUUUGAGAACCAUAUCUUCCCAGAAACGGUAUCUUCUCACAUGUUUAACAUUUCGUCUUGGAAUACUGUGCCGGGUGUUAACAUAUUACAGCAUGUAUAUAGAGAGCCUGACAGGAAAGAUGUAAUCAAUCCCAGGAAAAUGAUAGUUGAUCCACGAAAGGUGAUUCAGACUUCAGUCCAUUCUGUCCUACGUGCUUACGGGAAGAGUGCAAAUGUUCCCAUGGAUGUUGCUCUCAUUUAUCACUGUCGGGAGGCCCUACAAAGAGACCUUCCCAGAGAAUCUCUCAUCAGGGAUACAACACUGUGGAGAUAUAACUCAUCAUUAAUCAAGAAUGUUAACAAGGUGCUAUCUCAAAUCAUGCUGUGAGCUCAAAAGUGAAAGUGGAGCGCUACCUCCACUUGUGGGAAGACAGACAAUAUAAUUUAAAGACCACAUUAAAUUGAUUUCCGCAUGGAGUUUACAUUUAGCUGCAAUUAUUUAGGGAAUCUAUAGCAAAGCCAUGAAUCAUUUAAUGAUAUCAAGGAUCAAUACAGAUUGCAGUAUUUCUUCUGGGAAAUGUACAGUUUCAGUUAAAACAAUAAUAAAUAACAGUAUUUGUCAACUGAUUCAAAUAAUGUGGAACAGUUUUCAACCUAUGUACAAAAGGUACAAAUACAGUCAUAAGUAUUAAAGGUAGCAUUGCUUAAUCCUUGCAGUUUGUAUGUCACUGGGUACCAAAUUUGUAUGCAUCAAUUUGAGUAAAAGGUAGACAAGCAGUUGAGUACAAUAUUCCUUUCAGUUGUAAAAAAAUUAACCCUCAUGUUCUUGGAAAUAGUGUGUUUUAAAGAUGUGAUGGAUUGUAACCCUAAACCCAGCCGUUGGAGUUUUGCUGAUAAAAACCGUCUUGUUCAACUGGACUUCGGAGACAAGUUUGAGAAGAGUGAUUGCACCUGCUCUGAAUUACUGAAGUGGGGGUUUCAGUACAAAAGUUGUCAGAAAGUUUUGGCAAUGCUGUUUCCUGUGUAUAACAUCCACUGCUGAGCAGUUUAUUUCCACUGAGACUUAACUGUGAAAUCGAAUACCACCUCCUGAACUACAUCCUACAUGCACUUAUACUACCCUGUGACAUCUCAAGUUCCUUCAGUGACCUGGGACCAUUGAGUAACAAAAUAAACAUCAGGUAAACAGUUAAAAAUAAUAUUUCUUUAUUUUCUCUGGAAAGUAUAAUUCAUUAGACAACUGUCUAAAUUUCACACCACUCCCAAACUGAAAGAAUUGAGGGAUCUGAGUGGGUAUGUUUAUUUCUAUACAGACAUUUUACCAUCAUAGAAUAAUAGCUUAGGGUACACCUCUUAACAGGGCACAGAAGUAAAGAAAAGUACAGUCAUCAUUAUAAAAGGCUGCACAUGGCAUGCAGUUGUUGGUAAAACACACAAGAAGGUUCUGGAUGUCAAAUGCACAGAAGCAACUGCUCCUAUUAAGUCACAAGUUGAUUACAGUAACUUGCUGCAGACAGCACUUACCAGCUUUCCUCAGCACAUAGGGCAGUGAAUAUAGCUGCUGUUCAAACAGGCAUGUGUUCUCUUCAAAACAAGUAAAAAAAUUCUAAUAGACCGGCUACGAAUAAAAACUCCGUGAGCCCAAAGGCGUUUGUUAUAUUCAAUACAUGAAGCUAAUACUGAAAUUAAGGGCUGCUGUGAGGCCGCUGAAACCAGUACUCAAGCCUCUAUUCCAGGUGUUAUGCAGCCAGCCGCAUCCGCUCCCCCGCCCGCUCCCAAUAUACCUCCACACGCAAGAAGCACGGCGAGGACUGCACCCAACGCCGCUGCUGCCGAUCGACAGCUCCGCGUCCUCACCUCAAGUAGCAGCCCGGCGUGAGGUGUCUGUCGGCGGGCAGUCGCCACGGCUUUCGCGGACUCCCGGAGCCCAGCACUGCAGGGUGCUUCCCUGCGGCCAUCGCUCCCACAGCAGGACCGGCUCUCAGCACUUCCGCAGUCCACGCCACAAUCUGCGGGCAGCUACGACAGAAGGGUCACACUCAAGACGAGACCAGAGCCUCACGACUGCCCGGCGCUGAAGGGAGGGGAGGGCUGGGCCAAGCCCGCGCCGGGCGAACCGCCUGCACCGGAGAGAAGGCGCUCCCAGACCCGCCGCUCUCACGAUCAGGCGGCUUCCGGCGCACCCCAACGUCAUCGCUCCCCGCCGCCGAGCUCAGCCGCUUCCGCCGCCCCGCUGCUGCUGCCCGGUGCUGCCGGCAGCGGCGGCCCUUGGAGAGGCGGCCGGGGACGGGUGCGUCGACGCUUCCCCACAGGCGAGACGUGGCUGCUGAGGAAUCUCGCUGCCUGCUGGGUUACGCCGCUUCCGACUCGUACCCGAGGUUUUGCCUUUGCCUGGGGUCCAGCUCCAUGGUUGCUGAUAUCUGAAAUCUUCCUACUUAAAGCGAGAGGCAUAUCGAAUGCUGCUUGUAUGUUAACGAACUGGGUUAUGGCCUUCUUUGGAACCAAGAAAAAUUCAGGAUUUUAUAGUAAGCAUCAUUAAAUACUCUUAUUUCUUCAGUUCUUGUGUUCUUUUAACCUGGUGUACUGACUGUAAUGGCCAUGUGAGAAUAUUAAUUGUAUUAGGGCCAGUAUUUUUUUUUCUAAGAUGUAAAAUAAAGUCUAAUUUUAUAACUAACUAACUAACUAAAUGUAUUAUAAAUAAAAUAAAAUUUCCUUGCUUCACUCCA